AUGGGACUGAAACACUCCUCCCGCUGUUUGCUCCUCCGGAGGAAAAUGGCGGAACCGGACAGCCCUGAGCAGCAGCCCCUCAGUUCAGCACCAUCUCACUCAGUACAGCCUUCUCCUUUGCCUAAACCAGUGCCCUCGGUCAACCAUGCCCCACGGCCCACACACCCCUCACACAACGCACACACUCCCCAUGCAGCAUCCCUGCCCAACUGUCCUGGCCGAGGCAAGAUGGCCAAGUUCCUCAAUCCAGAAGAGAUGACCUCCAGAGACUAUUACUUUGACUCCUACGCUCACUUCGGCAUCCAUGAGGAAAUGCUGAAGGAUGAGGUCAGGACACUGACCUACAGGAACUCCAUGUACCACAACAAACACGUCUUCAAGGAUAAGAUUGUGCUCGAUGUAGGGAGUGGUACUGGCAUCCUGUCCAUGUUUGCUGCCAAGGCCGGUGCCAAGCACGUGUAUGGGAUUGAAUGCUCCAGUAUAUCAGAGUACUCUGAGAAAAUAAUCAAAGCCAAUCACCUGGACAGUGUUAUCACCAUCUUUAAAGGAAAGGUAGAGGAGACGGAGCUGCCAGUGGACCAGGUGGACAUUAUUAUUUCAGAAUGGAUGGGUUAUUGCCUUUUCUAUGAGUCCAUGCUCAAUACUGUCAUCUAUGCCAGAGAUAAGUGGCUGAAACCUGGUGGCCUGAUGUUUCCAGACCGAGCUGCUCUCUACGUUGUGGCCAUCGAGGACAGACAGUAUAAGGACUUCAAGAUCCACUGGUGGGAGAAUGUCUAUGGCUUUGAUAUGACCUGCAUCAAAAACGUAGCAAUGAAAGAGCCACUGGUUGAUAUCGUGGACCCAAAGCAAGUGGUGACCAAUGCGUGCCUCAUCAAAGAGGUAGACAUCUACACGGUGCAGCCAGAGGACCUGUCUUUCACCUCAACCAUCUGUCUGCAGAUCCAGAGGAAUGACUACGUCCAUGCACUCGUCACCUACUUCAACAUCGAGUUCACCAAGUGUCACAAGAAGACUGGCUUCUCCACAGCACCAGAUUCUCCCUACACGCACUGGAAGCAGACAGUUUUUUACCUCGACGAGUAUCUGACUGUGAAGAAGGGAGAAGAGAUUGUAGGCACCGUCACCAUGAGGCCCAAUGAAAAUAAUGCACGUGAUUUGGAUUUCACAUUUGAACUGGAUUUUAAGGGCCAGCUCUGUGACGCGGACAUCGCUCAUGACUAUAAGAUGCGUUAA